UCGGAAUGUGUCGACGUCCUCAUUGUCGGCACCGGCCCCGCAGGAAUGAUGGCCGCAGCCUCCCUUUCGCGCCUCUCCAUCCCCUUCCGUGCAAUCGAUCGUCGCGCUGAAGCAAUCCCGGCCGGUCAAGCCGAUGGCCUGCAACCACGUACACUCGAAGUCUUGCAGCAGUUGGGGCUGGCGCACGAGAUUUUGGAAAGGGGAUGUCAGAUGCAUCAGGUUUCGUUCUGGAACCCGAGAAAGGAUGGGAAGGGGAUUGAGAGGACGAGUCGCGCGAGGGAUGUGGUUACGGGUGCAAGGUAUCAGCAUGAGGUCACGAUUCAUCAGGGCAUCAUUGAGAGGCUUUUUCAUGAGGAUAUUGUUUCCCGCCGUGGUGGUGUGGGCGUCGAACGCGAAACUGAUUUCAUCUCCUACUCUAUUCACGAAGGAGAAGAAUACCCAGUCCGCGUCACUAUCUCCAAGAAAGGCGUGGAGUCAGUAGUCAAGUGCAAAUACCUCCUCGGCACCGACGGCGCCCGUUCAUCCGUCCGCGCCGCAAUGGGCAUCUCCCUCGAAGGCGAACACACCGACUACAUAUGGGGCGUCAUGGACGGAAUCUGCCGUACGACAUUCCCCGAUAUCAGGUUCCGGUGCGCGAUUCAUUCCGACGCUGGAUCCAUCAUGGUUAUUCCGCGCGAACGCACUCCACGCGGAGUACUCACAAGACUCUAUACACAAAUGGCGGUGGCGCCCCCCACGAGCGGCGGGGAGGGUGUGGAGAAGGAUUCGAAGGAGGAGGCGAAGAGGAGGAGGGGGGAGGUUACGCAGGAGAAGGUUGUGGAGCAGGCGAAGCGGGUGCUGGCGCCGUAUGAGUUUGAGUGGGAGAGUGUCGAUUGGUAUGCGGCGUAUCAGAUUGGACAACGCGCUGCGCCGCGGUUUCAGAAGGAUGGGAAGGUGUUUAUUGCCGGAGACGCGUGUCAUACCCACUCUCCCAAGGCUGGCCAGGGGAUGAACGUGUCUAUGAUGGAUACGUUCAAUUGGGCGUGGAAGGUUGGGUUAGUGUUGAAGGGUUUGGCGAAGGAAGAGGUGUUGGAGACUUAUGAGGAGGAGAGGAGACAGAUUGCCAGGGAGCUGAUUGAGUUCGACACGAAAUUCUCGAGUAUGUUCAGUGGGAAGAUUGGGGAGGACAGUGGGUUGACGCAUGAGCAGUUCUUGGAGGUGUUCGCGAAGGGGAAUGGGUUUACUUCCGGGUGUGGGAUUCAAUACGCCUCUUCGAUCCUCGUUCGUCCUGAUGCGGCGGGGGUAAUUGACGCGGAGGCGAAGGAGGCGGUGGUACCAGGGAAGAGGCUGUUCAAUACCCGUCUCGUAAGGGUGGUGGACGCGAACCCCAGGGACAUCCACGACGAGAUGCCCGUCAACGGCACCUUCCGUUUGCUCAUCCUCGGCGGAACGUUCAUUACCUCCUCCACCCGUCCUGCCCUCGACGCCCUCGGCGCAUACCUCCCUACCCCAUCCUCGCCCCUCGUCCGCUAUUCCGGCCUUGUCGAGCCUCUGUUUGUUCAUGCUCACAAAGACCGACAUGAAAUUGAGGUCGUGGAUUAUCCGGAGACGAUUAGGGAUUGGGAGUGGGGCUUGUUCCAUGAUGAUACAGGAGCGGCACAUGAAACUUGGGGGGUGAAUAUGAAGAAGGGAGCCUUGGUUGUUGUUAGGCCGGAUGGGGUUGUUGGGUGUGUUGCGGAAUUGGAGGACGUGAAGACUGUGGAGGAGUAUCUGGGUGGAAUCUUGGUGUAG